UAUUUGUUCCACCCGAUGAAACGUGGAUAAGUUUUUGGCAAAAAUGUCAUCAAAUGAGAAUAAGAAGCAGAUGAAGGCCGACCUACAGAACCCAGAGGGGAGUCGCAAUCGCAACAUGCAGUCUAAUGCUGAGAAAGAGAACCCUCUACAAGGAGAUGACCUAUCGCGCCUGGCGCCCAUUGAGCGCGAAUACUUUAUGCGCAUCAAUCGAAAGGAGCAGUCUACUGGUGUGAAACAGCCGGAGAAUUGGCGGGCCCGGCCUCCGCUAUCCCCAGCCGAGCCAUCACGCAACAGGAGUGGCACUUAUGGGGCUCGUGGUAGAGCAUCUGGAGCUGAGGAUGAACUAUUUCCAGACCCUUUCGGGUCGGGCCCCAUGUAUCAGGAGCAGCCGAACUUUGCCUUGGUUCUGACUUGGUCCUCCUACCUUAUGAAACGUCGUGCGACCGUUUGUGGAGUACGUACAGCAUUGGGGAUGUCUCCAGCUGAGAACAUGCCACCAAUUGAAAACUGGCGCGAUCGCCCAGCACCACAAUUAGCAAUAGAUGCAGGAGCCGCUCCAGGCAGCAACUGGCGCCGACACUUAGAUCACAACAAUGAUCGCCGCCAGUCGAACUCGACUAACUUCAAUCAAGGCAAUCGCAGCCAGGGACAUCGCGGCACUCCGACUAGUGCCGCAGAACUGUUCCGUGGCAGCCAGGGGCAACAGACGCGCGCCCGGUCGGAAUUCCAGGGCCUCCAGCAGUGGGAUCGGGAGCGGGAGCGGGAGCGGGAGCGGGAGAGGGAGCCCCGCCAGAACUAUGGGCCACAUGGCCAACGCAACCAGUGGACUAACUCUGGCUUUUACGAUCCACCGACACGCAACGAUGGCCGCAAUUACCACGGCCGAAACCAAAACCAAGCACCGGGAAACCGAGGAAACCCAAAUGGCUUGAACGGCGCCACAGGAGGGCAGGCCGCCCAUCGCCGAGGAGAGGCCUCUCGGGGAUUGAGCUCGAUGAGCGGAUUCCAGCGGACUCGAAGCUUUGGCCCGUCUUUCCAUGACCGUCCUCCUCCAGGCAAUGGCGCCAACCCUGGACGACGCGCCUCGUCGUAAUACAAAUUACAAUUAUAAUAAUUAAUAAUUAAAUUGUCAAAGAUUUCUUCCGUUUAAA